AUGAGUGGGGCUGUGAACAAGAUGAUGGCAGGGUAUUUGCAGAAUGUGGAGGCAGGGUCUCCUGUGGGCUGCCCCUCACGCUCCCAUUCCUUAUCUCUACAGACUGACCAGCAGGCGGAGGCCCGGUCCUACCUCAGCGAGGAGAUGAUUGCUGAGUUCAAGGCCGCCUUCGACAUGUUCGACGCUGAUGGUGGUGGUGACAUCAGCGUCAAAGAGUUGGGUACGGUGAUGAGGAUGCUAGGCCAGACGCCCACCAAGGAAGAGCUGGAUGCCAUCAUUGAGGAGGUGGACGAGGAUGGCAGCGGCACCAUCGACUUUGAAGAGUUCUUGGUCAUGAUGGUGCGCCAGAUGAAAGAGGACGCCAAGGGCAAGAGCGAGGAAGAGCUGGCCGAAUGUUUCCGAAUCUUUGACAGGAAUGCAGAUGGCUAUAUUGAUGCUGAGGAGCUGGCUGAGAUUUUUAGGGCGUCUGGGGAGCAGGUAACCGACGAGGAGAUUGAAUCUCUCAUGAAGGACGGGGAUAAGAACAACGAUGGCCGCAUUGACUUCGAUGAGUUCCUGAAGAUGAUGGAGGGUGUGCAGUAA